AUGGCGGAAUACAAAGGUGCAUCGUCAGAAGGCCAAAGGCAAGCAAUGUUAGAGAAACAACGAGCCAAGAUGAUGAGUGAAUUCGAAAAACAGCGGGAGAAGAUCACUAAAGAUAAUCAAGUUAACAUAACAAACAGUAAAUUCGUUACGCAAUACGAAGAUGUUGAAGAUUCGUUAAAAAAGGAGACAAUCGGUUUGGUCAAACUUGAAGAUUUUCAGAAAAUCAGACAGGAAAUACAAGUCCAAAAGGAACGUGAAGCAGCAAGAACGGCAGAAUUAAAAUAUGAUAAGUUUAAGAAAAAGCGCAAGAAAACAGAAAAGGUCAAAUUAUCUUUCGAUGUUGAAGACGGCGAUGAGGAACAAGAGGGCGGGGAUGUGGAAACUAAAAACGAAAAUCCAAAAUUAAUAGUAGACAAUGGAAAUGGAGAAAAUAAUGAUGCCUCUCAGCCUUCAAAAAAGAAACCUAAACUUGGUAAAAAUCCUAAUGUUGAUACAUCUUUCUUACCUGAUAGAGAUAGAGAAGAAGAAGAAAGAAAGGAAAGGGAACAAUUGCGAUUAGAAUGGUUGCAAAAACAAGAAGAGAUCAAGAACGAGAAAAUAAGUGUCACUUAUUCUUAUUGGGAUGGUACGGGUCAUCGUAAAACUGUCUCAUGUAAGAAAGGAGAUUCAAUCGCUACUUUUCUAGAGAAAUGUAGGCAGCAAUUUCAUGAAUUACGUGGUGUUAGUGUAGACAAUUUAAUUUAUGUGAAGGAGGAUCUUAUUAUUCCACAUCAUUAUACAUUUUAUGAUUUUAUCAUCAAUAAGGCAAGAGGCAAAUCAGGCCCCUUAUUUAAUUUCGAUGUACACGAUGAUAUCCGAUUAACACAUGAUGCUACUGUGGAAAAAGAUGAGUCUCAUGCGGGUAAAGUUGUUGAAAGAAAUUGGUAUGAAAAGAAUAAACAUAUUUUUCCCGCUAGUCGUUGGGAAGUUUAUGAUCCAGAGAAAAAUUACGGAAAAUAUACAAUCAAAGAUACCAAUAAAAAACCUGGAUCAUAA